CAAGACCGUGCGCAUCACGAUCACGAGCGGCGUCCCAACCGCGAGUGGCCCGAGGAUCAACGGCGCGAGGAACGGGAUCAACGACAAGCGGACUUCGAGCGGGAUGAUGACUUCGACCGGCGGUCCCAGGCGUCCAACGACUAUGACCGGCCGAAGCCCAUCAAACCACGACUCACGCUGUCCACCUUCACCGGCACAGAACCUGACGCAUGGCUCAACCGAGCU